AUGGCCGAGCCACGCUACAUUGAGUAUCUUCCAGACAAGCGUGCCACGGCAAGGGCGCGUGGGCUCCAGAUUGCUCAAAUACGCUCUCACACCGCGACAGUACACCACGCGAGAAGGGCUCGACAGCGCCACAGUCCUGUUGGUCAGCAGUUCCGACCACAACUUACAUGUUCUGUGUGCUCGAAUGCUGUGCUCCCGGUCCAGGAAGAAGUGCCCCUUCAGCCUGGCCGUCGAAGGACACGCAGCAAUGAGGAGUCGCUCCUUAAAGACGAUGAAGCAGAGGAAACCGACAGUCAACUCGCGAGCACAGAUAGUGUACCCUUGGAAACCAGCCUCACAUGCUUCCCAGAUUAUUUCGGUGCCGUACGCUGGGCGUGCGAGUCCAUCGACUACUACAACAACGCGGACAUACCCUUCCAUGACACUGCGACCCGUGUGUUCAAUGUUCGGAAUGUCAUGGCCGAGCUGUUCAACAGCGCUUUCGUACAUCAAGUGAGCACUCAUAGCGCCGUGGCGUUCUCUGAGUACCUUCUCGAUCGGCAACGUCGGCCUGGUCUUUCGCCUUCGGCUACGGUGCUGAAAAACUUGACUGUAGCAAUAUCGAGGCUGCGGAAUUAUUUGUUGCCCCUAGACGGACCUCCGGACGAUGGAGCACUCCUCGGGGUCUUGUCGAUUGUUGUAGUCGCACAACUCAUGGGCGAUGCUGAUGCUGUGCAUCUGCACAACAAGAGCCUCCUACCACUGGUCCAGGCCCGUGGCGGCAUUAACAAUCUCGGCAUUGAUUCACUAUUGCGAGUGGGACUGCUGCAGUAUGAGUCGACAUGGAAUGCACCUCUUGGCACGGCGAAAGCCAGAGUCAUUUUGUUUCCUGAGGCCAGAGCUCCAAGCGACCCCUUGCCCGCGCGGCUGUCUCCCUCAAUGCCGCUCGUGGACUCUGAUGGACUCGCGUUGGCAGUGCCUUUGGGCUUUCGGAGAUUGAGGAGAUAUCUCUCACUAUCGACAGUUGAAGCCAUUGCCCGAACAGCACGUAUCGUCGCCACCGGGGGGUCCAUGGUGUCUCUUCCUGGAUCUGCGAAUACCCAAUAUCGGGACUUCUGGGAAACAUGUCCAUGUUUACGCAUCGAAGAGGUCCCAGGCGUUCCCUCAAAUCUCGAGAAAGUGGUCGUGCUUGCGCUCAUCCUGUACUGCAUGAGCGCAUUCUACGUAGGCCCUCGGAGUGUCUCGAUGACAUACACAGGCUUUCGUGAUGUUCUGGGUGUGUGUCUUCGCAGCCGGUGCACAGCAGCAAACACUGAAGAUGAGUCGGCGGCAUUAGCCUGGUGCUGCAUGUGCCUGGUCGAGUCCUGGUACAGUCCUGCCAAGAAGACUUGGCCGCCACCGGGCAGAUCGUUGAUUGAGGAAAUGAAGCGGGGCUUUCCACAAUAUCAUGGUCGCGUUGAUGAGUUGACUGCUACGCUGAGACUGUUCUUCAUCUCGGACGACAUCGAAAGGCGGAUGCGCGUGUAUUGGACUACGGAGGAUGUGGAAGCUCUAGGCACCAGACCGUAA